AUGGAUGUAGGUGCAUUACAUGCUGAAAAUCCAAACCAUUUAAUUAUUUGGCUGGAUCAACAUAUUGGACAACCUGAAUGGUGUCAGCAAUUGAAAAGAGCAUUUUCAACUCAAACUGAUCCAAGAUGUGAGACCCUAGUGAGCCUGUCAGACAAGGACUACGAUGGAAUGCUUCUUGAAGGAAGUGCUUGGCCAAUAGAUUUCGAGGGUGUUAGUUAUUUAAUGGAAGUAUUCACCGAUAUUGACAGGUGUAUACACUGUUUCGAACGUAACAGGGAUAGGCGAAUUUUUCUUAUUGCAUCAGAAACACUGGGGAAAGUGGUUGUACCAAUAAUUUUAGAAAGAUUUCAAGAUAUGUUCAUUGAUCCAGUUACUAAUGAACCAUACAUGUUCAUUUAUAUUUUUUGUCAUAAUAUUGCAUAUCAAGUUGAAUGGGCAUUUGACUACUGUGAUUAUGUUCAAAUGUUCAAUUUUGAUGCAGACUUAUUAGCUCGCGUGCUACACGAUAUUGGCAAUUACUAUUUUACUGAAGGUAGACGGUUAUUAGGUGAAAAUCCUCCAAAUAAUGUAGCAGCUCACUAUCGUCUCCGGUGGGCGCGCAUUCUAUAUCAACGACAUAAUCAAAUGGAACACGUGUCAAUAAGCCAUGAACUUGAUGAAAUCAAUCACCUUCUCGAUAAUGUAGAAGAAGAAGAAUAA